AUGGAAGUCGUUACGGAGAGCUUCUACUUAAACCUUUCCCCUUCAUCAACUCCUGUGUCAAGCCCGAUCAUCUCCACUGGUGAAGCUCCACCAUGUAUUCUCCCUUCGGAAGUACGAGUCGCUAUCAGAAGCAUGAAACCUGGCACAGCCCCCGGACCUGUAUCAUAUGAGCAGACUUUCUUCGGAAAGGAUCCCAGACCGGUGGAAGACCUCGUGAACCGUUCUUAUCCAUAG